GCGACUUUUCUAUUCAUUCUUCUUCUUGGUGGACUUGGAGGACGACCUGCAUAUCAAGUCGCCACUACCGGCGGCCACACCACUCCGGAGAUCCUUUCGAGAUUGUUUCGCUCUUUCAGGUUUGUUUCUUCCUCGAGUUUCUUUUAGCUGUUAGACCUUUUAGCCGUCGUCUUCAACAAGCUAUUGUCGCACCGAGAGUGGUAUGACCAUGACGGUGAUUGAAUCCAAGAUCAUUGGUUGUUGCUGGGGGUGGAUUUCUAGGGCUUAUCUUUUCGGUUCAAUUUCGACAUUGUGUGCUGGGUUGGCCGAUGGAUCGGCGAUUAGGUUCUAGAAUUUCGCGUCUAUUUGAUCAGGGAUUUGAGGAUCGGAAUUUUGUGGGGAAUUUCACUACCGUUAUUCUUGAAGCUUUCAAUGAUCGCGAUUAUCCAAAUCCGAUCAUGAUUGGAUGCUCGGCCAUUAAUAGAAUUCCAGAUUCCUGGGGUUUUCUUUUUCAAUUUUUCAAGGACAUAUCUAGGAUUUACUCAAGAAUUAGUGGAUUAUUUGGAUUUAUAAAUUCAUGGGAUCGAUGGUUAAUCUUUGUUAAGAAUCUGUUUUUGAUAACUGUGGGUAUCCGAUCCAGCUUGCACGCACCUCGACUAAUCCCAUUGGGCCUGAAGUUAACGAUCAGGUAAACCUCCAGUGGCCCUAAAGGGACUCGAAUUGGUGACCAUUGGGGAGCAUCCCCAAGGCCGGACCAGCUGAGUUACCCCUCAGGGUUAAGAAUUGUUAAGAAUUAUCCGAUUUUAUGUGCUUUUGCUCAAGCAUCGGUGGCAUCGGUGGGAUUGUAAAUUCAGGGAAUCAGUGAUCAAGGUUUUAUAAUCUUAGUCAUGGGUUUUUUUGGCUUUAUUUGUGAUUUUAGUCGAUGCUCGUGUUCAUGCUAUUCAAGAAAUUCCGGUUUUUUUGGAAUUGCUAGAACAGAGUAUGCACUUAUCUGGGAUUUUAAAGAUUUGGGGUUUCUGAUUUGGAUCUUGGUUGAAGGUAGAGUCAUUUGAUUUUGGCUGCUUCCCAUGGAUUGCUUGUUUCAUUUUUUUCCUAUUUUUGUUUAUAGUAUGGUGAUUAAGACUGCUAGGAGAGAUUUAGAGACAAUGGAAAGAUCCGGUUUUUUCAAACUCCACGGAGAUCCUUCAAACAGCAACAGUAUGUGCAUCUUUUGGCUUAAAGGUAGAUGCCACAGAAACCCAUGUCGGUUUGCUCAUGGUGAAAUGCCGCACGAAACCACCAUUCCCAGUUUUGCAAAGCAAUCCCAUGCAUUACCUGCAGAUCAUCCCAGGAAGAGGUCUUACUACCAGACAUCCAAUUAUACCCUGGUUUUGAGGAAUGGAGGAAAGGUCUUAGGCAGUAAUGUUGCUGAGAUGUUACCAGAAAAUCUUCAUAAGAAAUCCCCUAAAAGUGUUCCUAGGAAAUCCCCGGAGAAGGUUAUUAAAAAGUCUUCAGAAAAUGUUCAUAAAGAGCCUCCUAAAGAUGAUUCAGAGAAGUCCUUGGGAAAUGUCGUUGAGAAGUCCUCAUCAAAAACUGUUGUUGAAAAGUCUGCGCAAAAUGAUCCAAAGAAGUCCUUGGAAAGGGUCUGUCAGUUUUGGGUACGGGGUAACUGUAUGUAUGGUGAUCAGUGCCAUAACCUGCAUUCUUGGUUUCGUGGCGAUGGAUUUAUGAUGUUGGCAAAGCUCCAAGGGCAUGAGAAGGCUGUCACUGGGAUUGUGCUUCCUGAAAGAAGCAACAAGCUUUAUUCAGGUAGUAGUGAUGGAACUGUUCGGCUUUGGGACUGCCAUUCUGGUCAAUGUGCUAGUGUGAUUAACCUUGGUGGCGAAGUUCGGUCUAUUAUUUGUGAGGGUCCAUGGGUCUUUGUCGGCAUGUUAAAUGUUGUAAAGGUCUGGAAUACUGAUUCAGCUGCUGGAUACUGUCUCAAUGAACCUACUGGACAAGUCAAUGCCUUGGAAGUUGUUAAGGAUUUGCUUUUUGCAGGAGCAGAGGACGGUGUUAUUUACGCAUGGAAAGGUAGUUAUGAAGCUAAUCUUACUCUUCAAUUGGCUGCUACCCUUAAAGGCCACACACUUGGCGUAACAUCUUUAGUUGUUGGAGGCAAGAGCCUGUACUCUGGUUCUCUGGACCAUACAAUAAGGGUUUGGGAUCAUGAGACUUUGCAGUGUAUCAUGACACUGAAUGGCCAUAAUGAUGUUAUAACUUCGUUUCUUUGCUGGGACCAAUAUUUGUUUUCUUCUUCAUUGGACUGCACAGUAAAGGUUUGGGCUGCUACUGAAGAAGGCAGCUUGGAAGUUGUCUACACACACAAUGAAGAACAUGGCGUUCUUGCACUUAAUGGGAUGACUGAUACAGAUGACAAACCGAUAAUGUAUUGCUCUUGUGCUGACAAUUCUGUGCACCUAUAUGAACUACCAUCAUUCGUUGACAGGGGCAGACUCUUUGCAAAAGAAGAAGUUGGAACAGUUCAAAUCGGUCCUGGGGGCCUCUUUUUCACCGGGGAUCGGACUGGUUUGUUGACAGUGUGGAAAUGGUCAGCGGCGCCCAGAGUUGCAGUGACUGGAAGUUGAGACAUGUUGAAGACCAGUCAAGCAUUCUUUUUAUUAGUUUGUGCGAGGAUAUGGUGAGAUGGUGACAUGAUUUGAAUAGCUUUUUAAGGGAAAAAAUGUAUUGGUCUGUGAGCUUUGGGAAUUCGGGUUAUUAUGUACGAAAAUCAUUCUUAAGAAUUUUCAUCUUCUGUAAAUUGAUAGAGGAUCCAUUCACGAGUUGAAACUGACACAGUGAGAGAAUGAUAUAAUAUGUAUGUAUGGUUUAAGUAGGAGAUUCUCUCUACUUGGUCUCAUCGUUUUGAAUGCCCAAAUCUUCCCAUUCAAGUUAAA